AUGGAACCCAUCACUUUUCAAGAGCUGCGUUCAACAAUGAGUAAAGAACAAGAAGUCAAAUUGACAGGAAAGUAUGACGAAGUCAGUAUUGCCGAUGGAGAUGUUAUUACUUCUGUCAAGUCUCCUUCAGGAAAGGAAGUUGUGGUCAAGGGUAAUGACAUUGACAUUGCUAUGAAUUUGGCUAUGCAAUUGGACUCCCAAGACUUAGAUCCUCGAGAGGAUAGAAAGUUGUUUUGGAAAGCGAGUUUAUACAUCCUUCCGUUGAUCUGUUUGUUAUAUGCUGUUCAAUUCAUGGAUAAAAUCACCAAUAGUGGAGCUUCGAUCAUGGGGUUGAGGACGGAUAUGAAAAUGGUUGGAGAUCAGUAUUCUUGGACAGGAUCUGCAUUCUACUUGGGAUACCUUUUCUUUGAAUUUCCUGCUUCCUAUAUUAUCCAACGGUAUUCUAUUUCGAGAUGUGGAGGUAUUUUCUUCUUUUUAUGGGGCACGGUUUUGUGCUUAUGUGCUGCCACGAAUUAUGCUGGAUUCAUCUUCUUAAGAGUUGUUUUGGGAAUGCUUGAAUCUUCAGUUACCCCCAUAUUGAUGAUCAUUACUUCUCAAUGGUACAAAUUGUCUGAACAGUUCAUGCUCUCUGCGAUUUGGUUUUCUUUCUGUGGUGUUGGUGGAGUACUUGGAGGAGCCAUCAGUUUGGGCAUGGUUAUUCAUAACGAGCUGUACUCAAUAGCAGGCUGGAAGUUAUUGUUUAUUGUUACUGGACUCAUGACGGUGUUUCUCUCUGUGGUGUUUUACUUUUGGAUUCCAGAUUCGCCAGCUGAUGCUUGGUUUCUAUCCGAAGAAGAGAAAAUUCAUGCUGUCAAGAGAAUAAGGAAAAAUCAGCAAGGAUUUGGAAACAAACAUUUCAAGAGGCAUCAAUUUAUCGAGGCUUUCACAGACCACAGAACUUACAUUUACUUCUUCUUCGGUCUUGCAAUCUCUAUACCUAAUGGAGGUUUGACUACGUUUGGAAGUAUUGUGAUGAACUCAAUUCUUGGUUAUUCUGUGAAGCAAUCGCUAACUUAUAAUAUCUACCAGGGAUUGAUAGAGGUAUUUGGGUGCAUCAUCGUUGCAUCUAUGAUCAAAUUUGUGAAGCAUCGUAUGAUCGUUUGCAUCUUUGGGUGCAUGCUCAAUUUGGUGUUUUCCGGGAUGCUUGCGUUUGCUAAAGAUCUUCACGUUCGUUUGGGAGGAUGCUUGUGCUUGGGAAUGUCGGUAAUUGGAAUGUUUACUAUGCUUUCCAACUUUUCUUCGAAUGUGGCUGGCCACACAAAGAAGGUUACAGUCAAUGCAAUGUUCCUUGUCGCUUAUGGAGCCGGCAAUAUUAUUGGACCUCAGACUUUCAUUGAAAGCCAAGCACCGCAAUACGUUGGAGGCCAGAUUGGAAUGGUCGUAAGUUAUGCAGUGACGUUGGUUUUAGCCAUUGCUCUUUACAUUUCCUACAUCAUGGAGAACAGAAAGAGAGACAGAAUGGUCAGAAGUGGAGAAAUUGAAUCGGCGAAUCCCGGCAGCAAUGUCGCAUUCGCAGACUUGACAGAUAAAGAGAACCCUUACUUUAGGUAUUCGCUUUGA